CACGCCGAUCUUGUCAUGAUUGCAUAUAGAAGACGAAAGCCCCGAGCCCACCGACGGGCCCGCCUGACUCGUCCGAGUUCGCUGCUCGCGAUCCACAAACGGGUUCUCGAUGGCCGGCGACGCCGGUGUCCUCUAUGGCCGAGGCGCUGAAGGAGGAGGAGAUCCCCCGGAUCCGUUGCCGGGUAUCGAGCACUACCUCCCCUCCGCGGUCCUCGCCUCCGUACUAUCCCGCCUCGAUCCUCGCUCCCUCUGCUCUGCCGCAGCCACCUGCAGCUCCCUCCGCUCCGUCGCCUCCCACGCCCUUUCCUUCCUCCCCUCCUUUCACCUCCUCGAGAUCGCGCCAACCCUGGAUCUGCUGAGGCCGCUGCUGCCGCCGAAUCCGUACCUCAAGAGCUUGAAGCUGGAUUGCAGCCGCCUCGAUGAUUCGUCGAUCGGGUUCCUCACCAGGCCAUCGCUCCACGAGCUCUGUCUCCAUAAUUGCGAGAAUCUGAGCGGAAGGAUUCUCUCCGAGGUCGGUGGCAAGUGCCGGGAUCUCAGGUCUCUCUCUUUGAGCUCUCUAGCUGAACGUAGAGGCCUCUCAAUUGUUUUUACUGAUCUAGAGGAACUGCUUACUGGUUGUUCUCAGUUAGAGUCUCUGAGCUUGGCACUUGAUUUCUCCUCAUUUGACAAUCCUAAAUUUGGCCAAGUAUGGGCGACUGCCUCUACAGCUCUCUCUUCUCUGGAGGUUGGUUAUAUACCCCUGACAAUGUUGAUCGAACUGCUGAGUGCAACAGUGCAGUCACAUCAGUCCCUGCGCCCCGUUAAACCACCUAUCUUUCCUAGCCUUCAGAUGCUAUGCCUUUCGGUUGACUACAUCACAGAUCACUUGGUUGGUUUUAUUUCUAAGGGCCUUCCAUCAUUAUCCUCUUUGGAUCUUCAAGAUGCUCCUAUUAUGGAACCUAUAGUAACUUCAGAUCUCACCAAUGCUGGACUUCAGCAGAUCAACCCACAUGGUAAACUGAAACACAUUUCUCUUGUACGUAGCCAAGAAUUCUUGUUCACCUACUUCCGCCGAGUCAAUGAUCUAGGCAUUCUUUUAAUGUCUGAUGCUUGCUCUACAUUGGAGAGUAUCUGUCUUGGAGGUUUCUGUCGUGUUACAGAUACCGGCUUCAGGGCAAUCAUACACUCAUGCUCUAACCUUCGCAAGUUCAGGGUAUCGCAUGGGAGCCAACUCACUGAUCUGGUGUUUCAUGAUAUCUCUGCCACUUCCCUUUCUCUGACACAUGUUAGCUUGCGGUGGUGUAAUCUCCUAAGCAAUCUUGGGAUUGUGGGAUUGUCAAAUAACAAGCAGCUGAUUGUUCUUGACCUGAGGGAUUGCCGGAAUCUAGGUGAUGAAGCUGUAAAAGCUUUAAGCUAUCUUCCUAAAUUACAAAUAUUAUUGCUGGAUGGUACUGACACCAGUGAUUUAGGACUAUCAUACCUGGGCCAUGGCAGUUGUCCAUUGGUGUCAUUAUCUCUUAGAGGGUGUAAAAGGAUCACAGACAAUGGCAUAUCAUUAUUAUUUAGUGGUUCAGUUAAUCAAAGCCUGCAAGUUUUGGACCUCUCGAGGCUUCCCAAUCUCACAGACAAUGGCAUUUUGUCACUAGCAAAAGGUAGGAUACCAAUUGUUGAACUUCGCAUCAGAGAAUGUCCGCAUAUAGGAGAUACUUCGGUUAUGGCUUUAGCAUCAAUGCAAAUUGAGGGCAGGACUCCCGGAAGUAGCUUGUAUGUGCUAGACAUGUUUGAGUGUGGUGGCAUCACGCCACUUGCCAUUCGAUGGUUUAAGAAGCCUUACUUCCCAAGAUUGAGAUGGCUGGGAGUAACAGGGAGCUUGAACAGAGAUAUGGUGGAUGCUUUAUCGAGAAGCCGACCUUUCUUGCGUAUAGCAUGCCGUGGUGAGGAGCUAGGGAUGAGCUUUUUGGACACUUCGGGUGGAUGGUACAGCCACGAAGAGGAUGAAAUGGAUGAACUGGAACGCUGGCUUUUGGAAGGUGAGGAUGAAAUUGAAAAUGACUCAGACCAGUAAUCACUAUUAUCAUCUAUCUAUUACUUCUGGUCUCUGUCUGUGUAACUUCGCCCCUUGUAGUCGUUGCUAUUCGAAUUAUCGUGGCAGCUGGUCAUUUUUUCUUUAUCUAUGUUGUAUAUUAUCAUCCAUAAGCAGAUUUAUGACAUGCUUCUAAUAGGAGGUCUCAGGUUUAAUUCCGGUGGCCAUGACUUUAGGUUGCUGAGGAACAUAUUCCUCCAAUAUUUCUGUAAUGAUUAUGUGCCAUGGUGUAUGAACAAAUUCCUCAUUUGGAGUGCUUUUACUGGUUUCUGCUUUCUCUUU